UCCGGCAGCCUUUUACGUCGGCCCGGAGAGAAGGCUUUGGCGCGCGCGCCCCGUCGCAGCAUGGGGUCCUCACUGUCGGGGAGUUCGGAGCGUCCCGGGGCUGCUCCCGCCGCCGCCCCCGCUAACCCUCCGGCGGAAGCCGCCGCACCGCCCUCCCCGGCGCAGGACGCGCCUUUCAAAAACUGCUGGAGCUGCCGCCUGCUGUCGGGGUCGGCGCUGCUGGGGGCGGGCGCCUACGUCUACUUGGUGGCCAGGAGGCCCAUGAAGCUGGGAAUCCCGCCGCAGCCGGGCAACAUCGCGCAGAUGGUCAUCGGCCUCAGUAUUGCCUGUUGGGGUGUAAUUAUCCUGACAGACCCCAAAGGGAAGGCCCACCGAGUUGUUUGAAAGCACCGGCGGUCUACUCGCGGUCUCCUGUCCCCGGGUGCACGGCAGGAAGAGCAAGCCUUGUGUGCGUGCAUUUUCUUUGCGCUCCUGGACUGGGGGAUGCGCUUCGCUAAGAGACAUACGAAGAAGACUGUGACCACAGGAACUGCCGUUUCUUUUGGCCCCCGGGUGUUCACGGUGUUGUAAAGGGACAAAUAAAUCCCACGAAAGCAAAAAAAUGGAUCUGUGUCUCGUCCAGGGAGGUUGUGGGCAGUUCAGAUUUUUACUGAGAGGGAACGGCUUUAAGAGAAUAAUAAAGGGGAGUAAAUGAUAGGCCAAUGGUGAAUCAAGCUGUUUCAUUAUUGUAGUAAGUAGAUCUUUUUGUGUUUGUUUUUGUUUUUCUCAUUGUACCGGUAGUUGUUGCCAGACUAACCCGGGAUAGGUAUGUGAAACUGAUUUGAAAGUUUUUCAUGGUUUUCAAAGGAGCCUCAACUCCUUCACCGAGUGAGAGCUGUUGAUUUUUAUUGAUUGGUAAACCUUAAGACAAUCCUGGUGGGAUUGCUUUAAAAUGAGCACAGUAAUGGAGCGAAAAGAUUUCCUUCCUGGUUCUGUGUUUCACAGCUAGGGUAAUUCCAAACAGGUGGGAGUUACAUUUAUCCACCAAAUAUCAAUGCAUUAUAAAAGUCAUGAAUAUCAAAAUAUUAAAAAUUCAGAAGAAAAUCUGUUGAUUGCUAUUUCCAUAGGCAUUAUAAAUAUUUUAGAUGGGAAUUGAGAUGAUUUAGAGAUAAAGGCUUAAAAACAGUUUAAGCCAUGGGUGCCUGUUGUCAGGCGUUGGUUUCUUGGCUUUUCUCUGAAAUACUGAGUUAUCUGUGCAAAGAUAUGUUUAGGUGGUCUUGAAGGUAGAAAGGUAUUAAAUUCAGUACCAAUUAGUAAAUUUUGAAUACAAUUAAAGUAUUUUACUUUAAUUUUUCACAAAUUUAUACAUACAUUUAAAAUAUUGUGAUCAUACUUCAUUAUCUUUUCAUCUUCUCUCUCUCUCUAGUGAUCCACUGAGUUUAAUUAGGAUCAUUUGCAUAAAUAUAGAUGGGAUUCUGAACUACACUAAUGAAGUGAAUUUUUUUGUUUAUUUUGUUUCUGGGUACAUCUGAAUUCUUUAUAGUAACUGUGUACAUUUAUUAAUGUUUUGGUUUUUUCAUGCUGACAUAAGUUGAACUUAACAUGGGAAGAGAAACCUCAGUUUAAAGGAGUACCUUUAUCAGACUGCCUGUGAGCAAAUCUCUGGGGCAUUUUCUAGAUUAAUGAUUAUGUGGGAGGGUCCAGCCCACUCUGGGUAAUACCACUUGUGGGCAGGUAGUCCUGGAGAGUGUAAGAAAGCAAGAUGAAUAAGCUAGGGGCAGCAAACCAGUAAGCAACACUCCUCCAAGGUCUCCACUGCAGCUCCGGCCUCCAGGUUCCUGCUCUGAGUUCCCAUGUUGACUUCACUGAAGAAGGUCUGUAACCUAUAAGCCAAAUAAACCCUUCCCUCCCUAAA